UUUCAUGGCUGGACGAAGAAAUCCUCCAGAGACAAAAGCUGUGAGUGCCUGUCCACAGCCAGCGUUAACGGGGGGAGUCUGUGUCGCUCGGGGUCAUUAGAUGGCACACUGUGGAGGCUUUAUGGCAAAAAAGUCCAGCCUGCAGGAAGCAGGAUGGGUGGGCACUGGAUUCUGAUUGUGGAGGUGAGGAUGAAGGAUCCAGCAGAAAAAGAGCCUUUGUGCUCCGACGACUGUCAAUCCAAACCAGAGCCCAACUCAGAGAGCCCAAAGCCCGACUCCACAAAUCCCAGACGGGAAUCUUCACAGAGGGAUAUCCCAGGACUCCAAGCAGAGGACAGACUGUCUGCUGUCUGGGUGCGGUUCAUUAAUGGAGUCUCUGAUUCUGUGCUGAACCAGCUACUGGAUAAACUCCUUCAGCACGGUGCUAUGAUCAAUGAGGAGAUGCAGACAGCAAAGACGAAGGCCAGAGCAGAGAAAGCUCCAGAUGUGAUUGAUACUGUGAUGAGGAAGGGACAUGAAAGCAGCAAAACUCUGCUAGAGGCUCUCAGGAAGGUUGACCCCUGCCUUUCCAGAGAGCUGAAGCUGUGG